UCUCCCCAGGUGUGCGUUGACCCCAGCACGAAGGACGAGCUGCACGUGGUGGAGGUGGAGGGGCAGGACUCCGAGGGCCAGACGGUGCGGACAGUGCUGGCCUCCCUGCGGCCGUCCAGCCUGCCCAGCGUGUGCCUGGGCGGGUUCGAGAUCACACCUCCAGUGCUUUUCCGGCUGAAGGCGGGUUCUGGUCCGGUUCACAUCAGCGGACAGCAUCUGAUGGUGUCGGAAGACAUGUGCUUUGGGGAGGAGGAGGAUGAGGAAGAGGAAGAAGAGUCCAGGAAGUCUGUCAAGAGGCCUGCUGGAGCGGUGAAGUCCAAACCGCAGCAGAAAAAGAUGAAGCUGGAGGAGGAAGAGGACGAUGAGGAUGAUGAUGAUGACGAAGAUGAGGAGGAGGAUGACGAUGAGGACGAUGAGGACGAGGAUGACGAAGAGGAGAGUGAGGAGGAAGAAGAAACUCCAGUGAAGCCCCAGAAGAAAACACCAGCCAAGACCCCCAGUCAGAAUGGGAAGAUGCAGACCCCAGCCACUCCUGCCGCGAAACAGAACCAGCAGACUCCCAAGACCCCGAAGACCCCCAACACCAAGGGCCAAGGAGACAGGAAGCCCCAGACGCCCCGUGCCCCCCUCAGCCUGGCCGAGAUCAAGGCCAAGAUGAUGGUUGGCGUGGAGAAGGGAGUCAUGCUGCCCAAAGUGGAAGCCAAGUUUGAGAACUUUGUGAAGAACGGUUUCAAGGUGGACGAUAAAAAUACAAUUCAGGAGCUCUGGAAGUGGAGACAGACUGUGAAAGACAAGAAAUGAUUGGAUUUUUUUUUUAUUAUUUUUAAGUUUUUAUUUUUUUGCUCCUUUUGUCCGUCUGUCCUCUGUCCACAUGGGGCGGGUUUGCCCUUUCCCGAGGGGAAGCUCCCCUUUCCUGCCGACCAGUGCCGUCCGGUUUUGUGAGGGGUCAGGGGUCCAGCACGUCCAGUGGACCAGCUGUCCCUCUUCAGUGUUUUUACUGCCGAAAUAAAAUGUCAGCUGUC